GCGCUGUUUUUGCUGUUGCAGUUGUUGCAGCUUUUGAUUUUGAGUGCCAGACAGUCUGAACAUGGCCAAAAAGGAACAAGAAAAGGUAAUAGCUGCGCCCGUCGUGCCCAUGGGCUACUGCAAGCUGGACACCCAGGUGGCCGGUCACACAUUCGAGGCGACAAACGCGGCCGCCGUCGGACUGCUCCAAGAUGCGGGCGAAGGCCGCGUUUUCAAGCCGCUGGGCAAACCGGAGUGCGGCGUGCGUGAACUCAAUUUCUAUGAGUCACUGGCGGCGGCAAUUGCGACACAAGCAGGUGCAUCGCCCCCCGCUGCCAAUAACCUGAACCUGAACGGCACCGCUGGCGGUGGUGAAGGGGACAGCGAAACGGACCUGUCACUGCUGGCCGACCUGGCGGCGCACGUCCCCCGCUAUUAUGGCCAACUCAAACUGGUUGUAAAUCAGCGCGAGCACACAUUUAUCAAGCUGGAGGAUCUGACGCACGGCAUGGCCAGGCCGUGCGUCAUGGAUGUGAAAAUUGGCCGCCGCACCUGGGACCCCUUGUCAUCGGACCAUAAGCGCACCAUCGAGGAACAAAAGUAUGUCGUAUGCAAACAGAAUCUGGGUCUGUGCCUGCCUGGCUUUCAGGUGUACCAACCGGAUGAGCAGCAGCCCGGCCAAAGUGUGCUCAUUCGUCAGGGCCGGGACUUUGGCAAGAGUCUGGAUGUGGCGGGCUUCCACAAGGCAUUGGCCCAGUUCUUCAAUGUCAACUGUCAGGCUAGCGAUGUCCUGCUGCGCGAGGUGCUGCGUCAACUGCGCUCGAUACGCGCCUGGUUCAAGCGACAGCGUCUGCUGCACUUCUAUGCCAGCUCCCUGCUCAUCUGCUACGACUUCGAGCAGCUGCAAAGGUUAGCCAAAGGCAGCAGCAGCUCCAAGCAGCUGAGCAAUGGCUAUCAUCCGGAUCCCGCCCUGCCCACCACUUCGAGUCAAUGGAUACGCGUGCGUUGCAUAGAUUUCGCACACAUUUUCCCGGCCGAGGAUGCGCAGCCCGAUCACAAUUAUAUGUUUGGGCUGCAGAGCCUCAUCGAGAUAGUCGAAACAAUGCUCCACCGAUAGCAGGCAUCCACAGAUUCCUCUUCCAGCUGGUCCAACACACAUACUUGUAUUAAUGCUAAGCCAAAAGAUUAGUUCGCAGCAGAGCUGUAAUUACAUAGAAUGAAAACAAAAGACAAUUCCCAAUAUAUAUAUAUAUAUAGUUACUUGGUUAAACAGGUUUAAUUACUUAUACAAUUGCUCAGUGAUUAAGCCAAAAGUGUACUCGGAUAACUAAAUUUGUAAUUAAAAAGUAUUUCAAACAAGUAAUUAGCAACAA